UUGGUGGCCAUAUGUCACCCCCUGCAGUAUGUGGCCAUCAUGAACCCCCACCUCUGUGGCUUAUUGGUCCUGGUGUCAUUUCUCAUCAGCCUUUUGGACUCUCAGAUUCACUGCUUGAUGGUGUCCCAACUUAGCUUCUGCACACAUGUGGAAAUCCCUCAUUUCUUUUGUGAUGUCCCUCAGCUUCUCAGACUUGCCUGCUCUGACACCUCCACCAAUACCAUAUUAAUCGAUUUUAUUGGUGCCAUAUUCGGUGGUGUUCCAGUCUCUGGGAUCCUUUACUCAUAUACACGAAUUAUUUCCUCCGUUCUGAGAGUUGCAUCUUCAGGUGGGAAGUCCAAAGCCUUCUCCACCUGUGGCUCUCACCUGUCAGUGGUUUGCCUAUUUUAUGGCACAGGCCUUGGGGUGUACCUCAGUUCGGCUGCCUCAUCAUCCCCGAGAGAAAGUGCAGCAGCCUCGGUGAUGUACACAAUGGUCACCCCCAUGCUGAACCCCUUCAUCUACAGCCUAAGGAACAGGGACCUCAAGGGGGCGCUGCAGUGGAUUAUCAGCAGAGUAGCCUAA